AUGGCUCCAACCAACCGAGCCGCCUGGCUCACCGGCAAGCAAGUCCACCCGCUCGUCGUCUCAGAAGCACCCUACACACCGCCUGGCGACAACGAAGUCGUCGUAAAAACCGGCGCCGUAGCCAUCAACCCCAUCGACAGCAUGAAGCAACUCAUGGGCGACAACAUGAUGGGUUGGGUAAAAUACCCCUUCACCCUCGGCGAAGACGUCGCCGGUGAAGUCGUAGAAGUCGGUUCAAACGUCAAGCGCUUCUCCCCCGGCGACCGCGUCAUCGGCCACGCCGUAGGUCUCGACUCCCGCAGCAACAAAUCCUCAGAAGGUGCAUUCCAAAAAUACGUCGUUUUACGCUCCAACCUCGUUUCCCCCAUUCCAGACAACCUCCCUUACGAAAAAGCCUGCGUGCUCCCCUUGUGUCUCUCCACCGCUGCCUGUGGAUUGUAUAUGAAAGAUUACCUCGCCCUACCGCACCCGUCGGUGAAAACACCAAAAGGAUCCGCAGGCCAGUACUUGCUCAUCUGGGGUGGAUCUACAUCGCUAGGUUCCAACGCUAUCCAGCUGGCCGUCGCAUCCGGGUACGAUGUCAUAACAACGUGCUCCCCCCGAAACUUCGACUACGUGGAGUCGCUAGGAGCAUCACAAGUAUUCGACUAUAAUGAUGCCUCCACUAUCCCGUCCAUCAUUUCUCUCUUAAAAGACAAACAGCACGCCGGUGCCCUCGCUAUCGGCCCCAACAGCAUGGGAUCCUGCAUCCCCAUCAUCGCCUCUACCCCAGGACGAAAAUUCAUCGCGCAACCCUCACUGCCGAUGCCCAACGUUGUUCCACCAAAAGGAAUGCAGUUGGUGAGCUUCAUAGCGGGGUUUGUGUGGUUCAAACUCAGUACGUUUGUGAAAUGUAAGGUGAAAGGUGUAGGGUAUAAGUUCAUCUGGGGAAAUGAUCUCAUGGUUAAUGAGGUAGGCAAAGCGGUUUAUGAAGAUUUUCUGCCGGUGGCGUUGAGUGUGGGAAAGUUUCAAGCGAAGCCCGAGGCGGAGGUUGUGGGGAGGGGGUUGGAGAGUGUGCAAGAGGGGUUGGAUAGGAUGAUGAAGGGAGUUAGUGCGAAGAAGUUGGUUGUUGUUUUGUAG